AUGGCGAGCUCAAGCUCUGCAGUGGCGAACACCCUGUCUCCCACCGCCAGCAGGAAACCAUCCCUCCCGCCCAUUGAGAUACCCACACCACUGCACUCGGACAACAUCGACGUAGCCUCAGAUACCAGCGAGACGGUAACCCCAGUCUCGCAACACUCAUUGUCUUCAGUACCAGGAUCCUCGAUACCCGACAGCCGCGAAGAGGUCGCGUCCUCCGAAUCGCGCGAGAGCAAACCGCAGUCAUUUAUCGCAGGUGCCUCAACAACGCCGCCCUCCGUCUACCCCUCGCAUCAUGCCGACGACCAGGCUCUCGUUUUCAACAAGUUCAUCCUGUAUGAGAAUCGCCUCCGCUUCUACAUCGUCGCGUCCAACACCUCCGACUCCCGGCACAAGAUCAUCAAGAUCGACCGGACGUCGCAGGACGAACUCGAGGUCGUCGAGGAUGAGGCCGUCUACAGCGGCAAGCAGAUGAGCGCCAUGCUCAAGAUGCUCGAGGACGGCAACCGGGGCAGCGGCGGUUUGGGGCGGGCAAGGGUGUUCUUCGGCAUCGCUGGUUUCGUGCAGUUCACCGCGGGGUGGUAUAUGAUUGUCAUCUCGAAGCGCUCCGUGGUUGCGCUCCUGGGUGGACACUACGUCUAUCACUGUGAGAGCACGGACAUCUUGCCGGUGUGCUUCAGCCACAAGAUUGACAAACCCGCGGAGGAGCAACGCCUCAUGAAUAUUUUCAAGCACGUUGACAUGUCCAAGAACUUCUACUUCAGUUACACUUAUGACCUCACGUCCACUCUACAACACAACCUCACCCGCACGGGCCUGCCUCCACACCGACGGUGGAUGCUCAACGACCGCUUUGCAUGGAACAACCACUUGCUAACAUCUCCUUUCAAUGAUGGGAAGUCGCCGGCCUCCAAGAACCACUGGCUCUUGCCACUGAUUCACGGGCAUGUUGAUCAGGCUAAACUCACUGUGCUUGGACGUGUCAUCUUCAUUACCCUCAUCGCGCGGCGAUCCCGGCAUCAUGCAGGCGCACGAUACCUCAAGCGCGGUGUGAACGACGAAGGCAAUGUAGCCAACGAGGUCGAGACAGAGCAGAUUGUCUCUGAGACACUCACCACGCCCUUCUACUAUCCUGCGCAGCGCACACCUGACGGCGAGCACCAAGGCCGACGACCGAGCCCCAACUUCACUAGCUACGUACAGUACCGAGGUAGCAUCCCCGUCUACUGGGCACAAGAAACCAACAGCAUGAGCCCCAAGCCGCCCAUCGAGAUCAGCGUGAUGGACCCGUUCUACACCGCCGCGUCGCGGCACUUUGCCGACCUGUUCGCGCGGUACGGCGCACCGCUGAUGCUGCUGAACCUCAUCAAGAAGCGCGAGCCCGUCCCACGCGAGAACAAGCUCGGCAUUGAGUACCAGCAGUGCGUCGAGUACCUCAACCAGUUCCUCCCGCCUCAGAAACACAUGAUCUAUCGUGCGUGGGACAUGUCGCGCGCGUACAAGGAGAAGACGCAAGACGUUAUUGGAGUACUUGAGGAUAUCGCGGAAGAGUCCAUACAGACGACGGGGUUUUUUCACUCUGGGCCCGAGCCGUUCUCGCAUGCACUCGACAUUGAAGCCCAAGAGUCGGACGCCCCGGGAAGGUCAUGGCGAAGUACAAUGCUGCUGCAGAACGGCAUCUGUCGUACGAACUGCGUGGACUGCCUUGACCGGACGAACGCCGCGCAGUUUGUGUUCGGGAAGCGGGCAUUAGGCCACCAACUGUACGCACUUGGCGUCGUGGACUCGCCAAACCUCGCGUUCGACUCCGACGCGGUGAACAUGCUGACUGAAAUGUACCAUGAUCACGGAGACAGCCUCGCACUCCAAUACACCGGCAGCGCCCUCGUCAAUCGCGUCGAGACCUACCGCCGGAUGCCACACUGGAACAGCCACUCCCGCGACAUCAUCGAGAACCUCCGCCGGUUUUACGCCAACUCCCUGCUUGACGCCGACAAGCAGGCCGCAAUCAACCUCUUCCUCGGGAUCAACCCCGAGCGCGCGGUCGCACGGCCGCCGCAGCGGGGCAAGUACCAGAAGUGGUUCAAGGAGGAGCACCUCGAGACCGCGUAUGUGCUGGAGGAUUGUGAGCGCGGAAUCAACCAGUUCAUCAACACGCGUGGAGAUUUCUGGAUCGAGUAUUAUAAGCCGUUGUUGUUCACUUCUCUGGGGAAGCAUUUUGCGUUCUCAAUGAAUAGCACGCUGAAGCUGCCCGGUAAGACUGCACGAGACAUAAACCAUAGCCCAUUCCUACCACAUCACAACACGUCUUCGCAUCACCACCACCACCCGAAGUUGAUGGACGGGGUUCGACGGUGGAUGCGCUCAAGCCCCAAGGGCUCGCGCAUGUCACCUGUGGACGGAGUAGCACGCCCUCGCUCUCGCUUCGUCGGCAAUGCGGUGGAGUUAGACCCAACUUGUACUGAGGCAAUUGCGACUCAGCUCAUGGACCCAGCGGUGGCACCGAAGGAGGAGGACGAGUACCAGGAAUACGUCAAUCAGUAUGAAGAGCUACUCGUGAUGACCGACGACGGCGUCGCCCGCGAUGACCGCGAGAAGUACCAGAGCGGCGUCUUCAUCGCACACGGCGAUCUCAGCUGGUUACAGGAAACGAAGGAGGACGUGUUUGCCACUUACGUGGAGAGCGUGAACCCACAGAGGCUGGACGGUCCCCGAGAUUCGUUGCCGACCAAGUUCGACUACGAGAAGUGGAUUACAGGCACAGCAAUGCACUGA